GAUGUGUUAAGGUUCAAUAAUUCAUCCAUGUUUCUAGGUGACAUCUUCCAGAAGAGUUUAAUUUUCUGAGGAUUUGAGUCUUUGAGUAUAACCUCAUUUUCGUCUGUUUGCUUUCCCAAUUCCGAGCUUUCUAGCCAUUUUCAUUUCAACAAUACAUCAAUGCUUCUUACCCCUUGAACCAAAGUACUAGAAACAAAACACUUCAACUCUCCUCAAUUUCCCAAGCACCACAAUGCCACCCACCGAACAAAAAAUUCUCACCACCUUCCUCCUCCCUCCAUCCUCCCUCCCCCAAAUCAUCUCCCUCGCCUCCUUCACUCUCUUCUUCCCGCGCGCUGUCCAAUCAUCCCCUGCUAUCCGAACUCUCUACCGGGACCUCCAGCAUCAGCGCGCACAAAUAAUCGACAAUGUAACCACGGCAAUCGAGCAAGAAGUACGAAGAGGAAGCGCGAUGGAGAGGGCUGUUGUGAGGAGGCGGAGAGGGGAUGAGAGAGUUAUAGAGGAUGAUGAGGUGGGGGUUGAACGAGCUCUUUCCAACUCGGUUCAAAUAUCCAACCUCCCAUCUUCCCAUCCCCACUCCCUCCAUUCCAUCCUCCCUCCCCUCGAAGCAGCAAUCGAAGAUCUCGAAGACGAAAUCGCGCGACUAGAUGCGGAAAGCGAAGAACUAUUGAACGAGAUGAAGAAUAUUGUUGGUGGAUUGAGUGAUCUCCGGUAUGGACGGCUUGCGAAUCCGGGGAUAAGGGGACAAGUGUUGGAAGGUUUGGAGAGAGUCGAGGGGGCUGCUGCGAUAUGGAACGCUCUGGGGGAGAGGAAAGACGAUACGGCCAUUGAGGAAUUGAGGGCGAUGAGGGUUCGCAGUGUUUUAGGAUACGACCCGCGACGAGGCGCAAGGUUGGCGCAUUGCGCAUUGAGGAUUCGGUAUCAAGCCAAGUGCGCUCACACAGGCGCAAAGACCGCAGUAAUGCAUGACUACCAAGAGUGA